UUUCCCCAAUCAGUUGUCGUGCCCAAAAUAGAAAAUCAAGCAGAAGAAAACCUAAUAGUUAUUGGAGUGAAAUUGCUAGAAGAAUUCCAGUGGUGCUGUCGUAGAUGGCUAAUCUCCCUCAGAGUCUCUCGAUUAACGCCGCCGCCUUCGGUGGAGGUCCUGCCUCUGCCUCCUCCUCCUCCGCCGCAGUCGGACCUCAGCCCAACAAAGACCGUAAAAUGCAAUCCGCUGAGCAGCUUGUGCUAGAUCUUAGCAAUCCUGAUCUCCGUGAAAACGCUCUUCUUGAACUCUCCAAGAAGAGAGAAUUAUUUCAAGAUCUGGCCCCAUUACUAUGGAAUUCGUUUGGUACUAUUGCCGCACUGUUGCAGGAAAUUGUCUCCAUCUACCCUGUUUUGUCACCACCAAACCUGACUCCAGCACAAUCAAAUAGAGUUUGUAAUGCACUUGCUCUUCUUCAGUGUGUGGCCUCUCACCCAGACACCAGAAUGCUAUUUCUUAAUGCCCAUAUUCCUCUCUAUUUGUAUCCUUUUCUUAAUACAACAAGCAAAUCAAGACCUUUCGAAUAUCUUAGGCUUACUAGCUUAGGUGUCAUUGGUGCCCUUGUGAAGGUGGAUGACAGUGAUGUUAUCAAUUUUCUCCUGUCCACAGAAAUAAUUCCCCUGUGCCUGCGCACAAUGGAGAUGGGGAGUGAACUGUCAAAAACAGUUGCGACAUUCAUUGUGCAAAAGAUCCUUCUAGAUGAUAUGGGCCUUGAUUAUAUAUGUACCACAGCGGAGCGGUUCUUUGCCGUAGGCCGGGUGCUGGGAAAUAUGGUGACUGCCCUUGCUGAGCAGCCUUCAUCUAGAUUGCUGAAGCAUAUAAUUCGUUGCUACCUUCGAUUGUCUGAUAAUCCAAGAGCUUGUGAUGCACUUAGAAGUUGUCUACCAGAUCUGCUUAGGGAUGCCACUGCCUUCAGUAGCUGUCUUCGAGAGGACCCGACUACUCGGAGGUGGCUACAACAGUUACUUCACAACGUGCAAAUUCCAAGAGUUCCCCUACAAGCAGGGGGAGGAUUUGAUCAUAUGAUGGUGAACUAAAUUGACAAGAUUCUACCUCGUGAAUUCAACAUCUGUGAUUGUGAAGUGACUUGAUUCCAGAAAACCCGUUGAGUCAAUACAAUAUUUAUUCUUUUGUUGCUUUCGAUUGAUGAUGGAAUUGGAUAGCCAAGUGUGGAAUGUGCAGUGACCUACAUGGUGGCAGUGUGGAAAAAUGUCGGAUACUGUAAUUAGUAGUCUGAUGAUCCUGUUGUUAUGUGCUGCUUGUGUUACCCCUUCCUUGUAGAUUAGAGCCAUACACGAGCUUAUGUUUCUCCGUAGAUUAGCCAUACGAAGUUGAUAGUCGAUGUGGUUGUCAGUCUGUUAUAUACGUCGUGUGGAAUUUUUUUUUAUUUUUUUUGUAUUUUCUCCCUUAGAACUCAAGUAAAUAGGAUGAAUCUUACCAUCAUCAUGUUCUCAUGCUCACCUUUAAUUAUGUAAGAGUCUUUCAUAGUAAAA